AUGGUCCUGUAGUCUAUGCAGCUUAUUUAAAAAUGGAGCACAGUGACGAGAAUAUUCAAUUCUGGAUGGCAUGUGAAACUUAUAAGAAAAUUGCCUCACGGUGGAACAGAAUUUUUAGGGCAAAGAAGCUUUAUAAGAUUUAUAUCCAGCCACAGUCCCCUAGAGAGAUUAACAUUGACAGUUCAACAAGAGAAGCUAUCAUCAAGAACAUUCAAGAACCUACUCAAACAUGUUUUGAAGAGGCACAAAAAAUAGUCUAUAUGCAUAUGGAAAGAGAUUCCUAUCCUAGAUUUCUAAAGUCAGAAAUGUACCAGAAACUUUUGAAAACGAUUCAGACCAACAACAGUUCCUCAAAAUGCCUGGGGCGAGCGGCCGCCUCCUCCAAGGCAGCUGAGCAGCCGCCACCUCCUCCAAUGCAGCCAAGCCACCGCCUCCUCCUCCAAGGCAGCCGAGCCGCCACCUCCCUUCAGAGGCAGCUGAGCUGCCACCUCCUCCUCCGAGGCAGCCAAGCCACCGCCUCCUCCAAGGCAGCCGCCGCACAGAGGCGGCCAUUACACAUCACACCGCCUGUGCCAGUGGCUGAGCCACCACCACCACCACCACUGCUGCUGCUGCCACCGCUGCCAAGGCAGACAUUCCACAUUGCACCAUCAGUGCCUGAGGGGCAGGCAAGCAGCUGA